GCUGCACCGGGUCUGGGCAGAAUCGCCGGGUCGUGGGAAAAAGGGACAGGCAGGCGGGCGGGCGGGCGACCUCUCUCUGCGGGCACAGCUGGCACCGCGAUGCCCCUGCGCUCUCGCGCCCCGGAUUCCCCCCACCCAGUUCUGCAAACGGGGGGAUAGAUGCCCGGGCGGGGCUCGAGAGUGGCCACACUUCUGCUAGUGCCAUGCCUAGAGCGAAUUCGAAGCGAAACGCAGUCCGGGGAAGACACAGUGACGUUUGCCGGGGAAAGUGCACAGAAUUUUGGUUAGGGAGGAGGGCGGCGAUCGCCCCCAAAUUGUUGUGCUUCUUUUGUUGAGUGGGGCGGGCUUCUGCUUGUCGGGGGUGGGGCGGGCAGAAUCUCAGGUAACUGAGCAUUUCUAAUGCUUUUCCAUGACCUUUUUGAAGCACUGGGGAAGUGAAAGUGUGGGCGUGCCCCGUGAAGUCAGCGGCCGGACCCUGCGCCUCCUGAUGCCUCAAGGCAACGCCAGGGACGUUCUCCUGCAGGCAUAUUCUUGGAGCAUUUCUGAGGUUGGGUUCUAUGAAUGUUGGAAACAUGGGUGUAAGGGAAGUGGAAAGAGCAAAGGUUUCUUUCCCCCCUCUUAUAAUGCUGGAACUCAGAGCCCUUCAGUGGAGCUGAAUGUUGGAAGAUUUCAGGACAGACGAAACAAAGUCCUACCUCACUCCGUGUAUCCUUAAAGAGUGUCGGCUACCACCUUAAAUGGCUUUAAAAGAGGGUUUGGCAGAUUCAUGGUGGAUAAGCGCUAGUUAGUCACGCUGGCUGUGCUCUUCAGAAUCAGGACACCAGUUCCUGGGAUUCCCAACUGGGGAGAGGAGCUGUUGUGCUUGGAUGCUGCUUGGGACUUCCCACUGGAUCAUCUGGUUGGCCCUGUGAGAACAGGAUCCUGGAUUAGAUGGGCCUCCUUCGCAUGAUGCAGCAGCGUUCUUCUUUUGUUUUAAGAGAGUCUUCUUUCUUUGGUCUUCAUGUUUUGAGUGAUGCACUCUUCAAUAUCUCCAUCCCUGCCGAGCUGUCGGUUCUCCUUGCAGACUUGUCUUCUACAGAGCACCUGCCAUCUGCCUCAAAGAGGAGGAUUAUCCGUGACAACCUCCUAGUGCUGUGAUCUUGCUAUUCUAGAGUCGGGGUGCAGGUAGCUGAGAAGAGGCAAUGGUUGUUUUGAGCUGGAGAGGCUAGAAUAUUUGGUUCCUGCCCUGUCUCUGUAGUUACUCCAGCAAAGCUUCUUCUGACUGUAGGCCAACAGGCUUCCUGGCACCAACCUUGGCUUUAAGUCCCUGGGCAGCAUCCGGGGACGGUCUUUGGGGACACGCCUUCAUUAGCCAUGCCUUCUCUGGGACUUGUCCUUCUGUGCCUGGUGGCCCUGGCUCCGCUGAGUUUAGCCAGCCAGCCCCCCAACAUUGUCCUCAUUUUCGCCGAUGACCUGGGCUUUGGAGAUCUGGGCAGCUAUGGGCACCCCACCUCCUCGACACCCAACCUGGACAAGAUGGCGGCCGCCGGCCUACGGUUCACCGACUUCUAUAGCAGCAGCCCCGUCUGCAGCCCCUCCCGGGCAGCCCUGCUGACGGGUCGCUACCAGACCCGCUCCGGCGUUUACCCCGGCGUGUUCUACCCUGGCUCCCGAGGAGGCCUCCCCUUGGCCGAGGUGACUCUGGCGGAGAUGCUGAAGGGGCGAGGCUAUGCCACUGCCAUGGUAGGCAAGUGGCACCUGGGCCUCGGACCGAAUGGGAUGUUCCUGCCCACGCACCAAGGGUUUGACCACUUCCUGGGGGUGCCCUACUCGCAUGACCAGGGCCCCUGCCAGAACCUCACCUGCUUCCCCCCGGACACGCCCUGCUUUGGGACCUGCGACCAGGGAGUGGUUCCCGUCCCCCUGUUCUGGAACCAGAGCAUCAUACAGCAACCUGUGUCCUUCCCACACUUGCAGCCUCUCUACAACAGCUUUGCCCGAGACUUCAUUGUUGCUUGCGCACGGCGCAACCAGCCCUUCCUGCUAUAUUAUGCCUCCCAUCACACGCAUUACCCCCAGUUUGGGAGCCAAGAAUACGCAGGCCGCUCGCCCAGGGGCCCUUUCGGAGACGCCCUCCUUGAGUUUGAUGGAUCCGUGGGGCACAUUUUGCAAGCGCUGCAGGAUGGCGAGGUAGCCAAAAACUCCCUGGUGUUCUUCACCGCCGACAACGGCCCUGAAACUAUGCGCAUGUCCCGAGGAGGGAGCUCUGGCCACCUCAAGUGUGGCAAAGGAACAACUUACGAGGGCGGAGUGAGGGAGCCUGCUAUGGCCUACUGGCCAGGCCGCAUUGCCCCAGGUGUGACCCAUGAGCUGGCCAGCACCCUAGACAUCCUGCCUACCGUGGCGGCCUUGGCUGGGGUUCCUCUCCCCAAUGUCACACUGGACGGCUACGACCUCAGCCCCAUCCUCUUUGGAAGUGGGAAGAGUCCCCGUCAGACCAUGUUCUAUUACCCCCCAGCCCCCAGCCAGUCGCUUGGCGUCUUCGCAGUCCGCUAUGGAAAAUACAAAGCCCACUUCUUCACGCAAGGAGCCUUCCAUAGCGACACGACUCCCGACCAGGACUGCCACGGGUUGACCCCCCUGAAGGGCCACGAACCCCCGCUGCUCUUUGACCUGGAGUCAGAUCCUGCAGAGAAUUACAACCUCCUUCGAGGCGGCUCUGUGGGACCCGACGUCCUGUCUGCCCUCAAGGAGCUCUGUCUGCAGAAGGCGCUUUUCGAUAAACAGAUGGAGUUUGGGGAGAGUCAGCUUGCGAGGGGCAGCGACCCGUCGCUGGAGCCCUGCUGUUCUCCUUCGUGUAGCCCAAAGCCUUCGUGCUGCAGCUGUGCGUCGGACUCUUAGCCUCCCUUGCAUAAGCUCCUGCCACUCGCCGUACUCUGCACAGCUGAACAGUUGCGAACUCCAAUGAGGGCUUUCAGCACCCUUUUCACUGAGGGAAAUCCACAUGUUAGGGACAUAGGAAACUACUUCAUACUGAGUCAGACCAUUUGGCCCAACUAGGUCGGUAUUGUCUACACAGACUGACAGCAGCUUCCUGGGGAUUCAAGGAAGGGAAGUCCCCAGCCCUGCCUAGAGAUGCAGGAUUUGCACUCAGGACCUCAGUGCUUUUAAAACAGGGGUCAGCAACCUUUUUCAGCUGUGGGCCGGUCCACCAUCCCUCAGACCAUGUGGUGGACCAGACUAUAUUUUGGGGGAAAA